AUGCAAUGCCGCAAGAAAAAGGUAGACGAAGACAAAGCGUACUCACUACUUAGUAUCUUUAACGUCAAAAUGUCUCUUCGCUAUGGAGAAGGAUCUGCAAAUUUACGCUUAACUGACCCCUCUAAUAACAAAAAGCGCAUUAAAGACACUUAG